GUUAUGGAGGUGAAAAAUGUCCUCCAUGGAUGGAGCCUAGUUUGAGUGAAUCAUUUUCGCUCAACAAUUUGGUGGACUUGAAAAUCUUAAAAUGUAAAAAGUUGAAAAGCAUGCCAAUCAUGAUCGGGUUAUCAUCUCUUCAACAGCUUCUAAUUCAAAAUUGCCUUGAAUUAACCAGAAUCGGAGAUGGAGCAUUUGCCUUUCCGGCGUCUCUCAGACAACUAAGCAUUUGGUCAUGUCCAAGAUUGGAAACAAUUGGGGAAAGUAUUUCGACCCUCACAUGCCUAGAAGAGUUAAAUCUAAUUGAAUGUAAAGAUCUGAGGCCCAUUCCAAGUGUAAAUGGGCUUUCCUCUCUAAAGAAGUUAUGGAUUGAAGGAUGCAGUUCAGUGGUGAGUCUACCAAAUGGACUGUCCUCCCGCACUGCACUUAAAGUAUUGGCCAUGGUUAGCUGCCCUAAUCUGAUCUCCAUCUUCGAAGAUUUGAAGGAUUUGCAUUCUAUGGUUAGAUUAAAUAUUUUCGGCUGUGAAAAUUUGAGUAUUCCGGAGGAGAGCUUCAGCUGUCUUGUCUGCUUGGAGUAUUUGGGAAUUGGUGGUUUCUCAAAAGAGUUGGAGGAAUUCCCAUAUCUUAAUUCCAUCCACCACCUCCACGCCUCCCUUCAAAAGUUAUGGUUGAGUGGGUGGGAAAAACUAACGUAUCUACCACCUCAAAUUCAACACCUCCCUUCUCUAAGGAAAUUGAGUAUAUAUACUUUCAAUCAAGUGGAAGCUUUGCCAGAGUGGUUAGGAAGCUUCUCAUCUCUUCAAUCUCUGGAGAUUUGGCACUGUGCAAAAUUGAAAUAUCUGCCUUCUGCACAAGCCAUGCAACGCCUCUCCAAGUUGCAGAAUCUUCUAAUUGUUCACUGUCGAGAGCUAGAAGGAAGAUGUGAAAAGGAAACCGGCCUCGAAUGGUUCAAAAUUUCUCACGUUCCAAACAUCGAAAUACAUAAAGUGCGCAUCCAAUAACAAGGAGAUUGGGCCCUUUUCCUGAGCUUCUUGAAUAUUAAGGAUUUUGAUUAUAAGAAAGUUCUAUGAUGGGGAAGCUUUGACACAAUUGUUGGGGAACUUGUUCAUUAUUGGAAGACUAGAUUUCUAGUCAAAAUCUGUAAUAAUUGCCUUCUACUAGAGCCAUGCAAUGCCAAGAGGUACUAAUUGAUUGGAAGUUUCUUGCAUUCUAAUAUCCUAGUAGAAUGAGUGCAUCCAAUUCCAAGAAUAUUGAUCUUCUCAGUUAUAGAGUUAUCAUGUACUUUGGAUUUGAGCAUUGGAAGAACCUUAGGUAGCAUUUAAUACACACCAUGGGGAAGUAGCAGGGAAAGGGGAGGAAACUUUUUGACAAUGCAAAAUAUUAUUCAGCUUGCGUGAGAAUGAUCCAAUUAUCCAAACAUGGAUCUAUUGAUUUCACAUAUUUAGAGAUGAUUCCAGGUUAGCACUGUUUUAAAUUACCAGAACAUCAAAUCUAUUGCAUUCUUCAUUUGAUGGUGUUUUUAGUUAUCGUACUCUCUCUCAUCCUAUCUCCAUUUUAUCAAUUUUGCAAAACUUAGCCUUAAACUCAGUGUCACUCUACAAAUUGAAACAGAAGAAGGAAUUAUACCAUACAUGACUUUAAGGUUAGAUUCUUCAGAACUCAUCAUUUUCUCAAAAAUUAGCCAUCAACUAUCACUCCAUAAAUACUUGCUACUCAUGUCACUUUUCUUUAAUAUAUGUAUUUUUUUUUUAAUCAGUCAUGUCUGUUAUUUGGAUACUUUGAUAUGAAGUUAAUGAAGAAUAUUAAGUGUUUACAUUAGCUUUUGGAAUGUAGCAUUUGAUCAUUUACAUUGCAAAAUAUGUUCUUAUGAGACAAUUAAUACCAUUGAGCAUUAGGCAUGGAAACUUAAGUGGUAAUAGAUUAUAUUCUUUUCAUGAGGAAGUCACUUGACAAAGCAAAAAUGUAUCGUGUAUGCUUUAUAGAUCAUUUGAAAGUCUUAUUUAAGCAUUAUUGCUUUACAUUUGAGCAUAUAUAGUCUUUCCAAGUGAGUACUAUCAUACAUUUUAUUUGUUUGAGAAUUAAUUUUGUGUCCCGUAUGUGUUUAAUGUUCAGUAUCUCAUUCAUUAAGCCACAAGGUCCUUCAGAAGUAAGUUAAGGAGAAUAGCAAAUGCAAAGUAGCUUAUGGACUUGGAUGGAGAUCUGUUAGUGUACGACUCCAGCUGCAGUUGUGCAGAUGUCAGUUGUCCGUAGACAGUCCCUUACUUGAGUAUCACAGCCUUACUUCCAAUUAACAUAAACCGCAUUCUUUCAGACAGAUAGUUUAAGGAUGAGCAAUUUUAUGCUAGAGGUUCAAGAUCUUGUUCCGGAUGGCAGCAUCUUCAAUGGUAGGAGUGUCAACUUCUCUGAUACAUCAAGGAGCUAACUAGACCUGCUUUGCUGCACUUUGAUUAUGCUAUAGAGUUACGAAAUACGAUGGCUGCUACAUUUCAAUCAUCUACCAUUGUGAUCCUGAUGGCAGUAGAAUUAUAUGGGUUAUGAGUUUUGAUAUAAGAUUUGGAUUGGUGAACUUGGGGAGCUUCUAUAGGAGAUAUGGUAAAAAAAAAAAAAAUCUAGAUGUUUGUACUUUGAUAUUCGCAUAGUGAAGUAUUCUCCUAACUUUGUCUGUACAUUAAAUCUGUUUGUUUGAACUUCUUUGAUUAUCUCUUUCUCGUAUCUAGUGGUCAUGUCCUACCCCAUGUCAAAAACAGUAUCUCGCCCAAAUCUUAAGGAUCACCUUUUAUUGCCUUUUUUUCUUGUAUAAAUCAAGAAAUGAUUGAUAAGAAGAAAUUUGAGUUCUUCUUUAAAUUUAGUAUAGAUCUGCUGGUUUAUUAUUAUUAUUAUUAUUUUUGUUUCUUAAGUUUUUUCUGUGACUCACCUUUUGUAUUUCUUUGAAUUUCUUCAUUUGUUAUCUUACUCUGAUAUGGAUUUCUUGGAUUUGUUUCUUUUUCUUUUGUUCUUUUUGCUUCACCAUUCUUGGCUUGGGUAAUGGAUGUAGGAUUUUUUGUGUCAUUGAUCUUGGAUUUCUUGCUUAAGCCGCCAUUGAAAUUAGUAGAGAGGAGGUGACAUUACUCAAGAUUAUGGGAACAAAUUUGAUUUGGAAUU